UCAACGAGUCGUGUUAAUAGAUUUUGAGACACAGGAUGCAAACUGGAUACAUUCUGGGUUUUUUAAUCACUGCCGUUUUCUUGGAGGGAUGCUGUGUGGGAAACCAUCGAAGGAAAAAAACAGUUCUUCAGCAGGUUACACACCGGCGCUACAAAGCUGUGAAGGGCGAAAUCUUUAUGAUACCGUGCAUAGAAUCUGUGAACCAGCACCUAACUGCAAGUACUGGAGAAGGCAAAGAAGGAAAUGAAGCCCUGUCCUUCGUCUGUGGAAAGAAGUUUACUGCUGAAGCAAAACAUACUGGAAACUACGCAUACAGGUCUUUGCUGUCCAGUGGCAGCAACUUGUUCGUCAGUCUACAGGUGAUGGAGCCAAACAGUCUGAGAUGCUACGAGCCAAAGGAGAGCAAUGAAAUACUGAACGCGAGUGCAGGUGGGGUCAUCUCGUGCCCAAGUAUCAACUGUAGUGACAACGCAGAUGCCAUCUGGUUCAAGGGUAAUGAAGCUGUGUCUGAGCAGCGCAGAGCCAUCUGCCAGAUGAAGGGACAGUUACAUCUCUGCGAAGUCAGAUACAGUGAUAAAGGUGUAUAUUUCUGUGAUAGAGAGAUAGUUGAGCAAGGAAUCACAUGGACAUUCAGGAGGGCUGUUAACGUCACAGUUGAACCUGACCCACCAAGUGACCCUCCCAGGAUUCACAGUAGCAACAGGACAGCGGCAGUGGAGCUCGGUCGGAGUCAUACUCUGGUGUGUAUUGUAUAUUUUCCUUUUGAGAGGGCAUUUUCGCGGGAGGUGCAGUGGUACAUGAAUUAUGGUGGCAACAUGGAGAAUAUGACUCUACUGCCGAUGGAGAAGCAAAAACAGAAAAUCGUGACACAUGAAGAGUAUGAAGUCAUAAGAAGAGCCAUCAUAAAAGUGGUGAAACGAGAACACUUGAACAACACAUAUACCUGCAUUGCCAGCAAUGUUGUCGGAAGCUGCAGGAUCACUAUCAAGCUCGAGGAGAAAAUUAAAGAAAAAUGGCCGUCUCUGGUUGGGUAUCCCAUUGUGUCCUUGUUGCUGGUAGCUGGACUGGGAAUCGUUUUGCAUGUGAAAUGGCUUGAAGUACAGCUUAUCUACAGAUCCCACUUCCAACAUAGAAAACAUGAUGGAGAUGAGAAAGGGUUUGACGUGUUUCUGUCGUAUGUGUGGAGCCCUCCCUCAAAACCGGUGGAGGGAGUUUUGACCCUUUCCUACCAGAAAGGACCUGACACUGAUGAGGAAGCACGUUUAUCCAGCAUGGACCUGCUGAGCACCGAGGAGGGUAAAGCCAGCCAGGGGCCACUGGAAGUGCUGCUACCCAGAGUGUUAGAGGACCAGUGGGGCUACCGCCUCUGUCUGCCAGAGAGGGACAUGCUCCCUGGAGGAGCAUACACAAACGACGUGGUCCUUGCAAUACAGAGAAGCCAAAUGCUCAUCUGUCUCCUGUCGGCUGACUACCUCUCCAACAGCAAUGCUGUGUUUGAACUGGAGUCAGGAGUCCAGGCUUUGCUGCAAAAAACUCCCCUCAAACUCCUCCUAAUAUGGACCAGUAGAGCCUCAGCCUCCCUCAUCCAGCCAGAACCACCGCUGCCUACACUGGUCCAAAGGGCCCUGAGGGUUCUACCCAGUCUGGAUUGGACCGCAGGCAAACCAGCCAGAGCCACCAGCCAUUUCUGGAGGUCUUUGAGGAAGGCCAUGCCCGAUCAGAGAGUGAAGCUGGUUUCACUCACGCAGGACCGAUGAAAACAAGUCUCAUUUUUACUUGUAUGGAGAAAAGUGAGUCACACUUUAUGCCACACUCAGGGCCCAGUCGUGGUCUGUGCUCUGAUUUUUGACUUCCAUUUGAAUGAAAAUUAAAAUGUUUCAGUUAAAAAAGUGCAAAAUUAUCAAUUACCUAUUCGCUUUACAAGAAUUAUGACUGUAUCAGAUAAAGGGUUUCUUCUUGUUCACUGAUUAACAGGCUGUUUGUAUAUUAAGUGCUGAGGUGUGGUUCAUCAUGUAAUGUCACAGCAGACAUGUCAGCAAUAAACAUUUGACACAAUACAAAUCAUCCAAAAACUUUAUUUGGCUGACUUACAAUAUGUGGGGGAACUGUCUGAUAAAACAUGUUGUAGCAGUGGAUAUUAACGUGAUUCAUUUGGGGAAGCACAACGGUCAGGUAACCCACAGAAACUCGAGUUUAUAGAUUUGUAUGUGGGAUCAAAAGGGAGUUUCCAAAAAGUGUCAGGCACAGGGGGAGUCACUGAGGUACCACAUUUAUCUGAAAUGUAGGCAUAUUUCUGCAGUGUGGGCUUUCUGAUGUAAAAAUAGAUCAUAAAAGUACCUAAUCAUUGCCAACCUGUAUUUUAACCCCUUGGAAAUUAUUCAAUAUGAGUGUUACCAGCCCCUGGUAUACAUUUGACAGGUGUCAAAUAAAAACACAUUAGCAGUCCUUCCACUGUGAACAUAAAAAAGAUCACAGCCACAUUUUUUUUGCCAGUUUCAGUGAAGCAGACAGAAAUACAAAUUAAAUCCAGAACUACUGGCACAAACCUCAAACUAACAUAAAACAAAAUAAACUGCCAGUGACGUGGCACAGCUGGUGAAAACAAAGGGUUGUACAUUGAUUUUGAGAAAAUGAAAAAAAAAAAAACAACUAACCCAUCCACACGCCUAGUCUUAGCCACGCACACGCACACGCGCGCGCACACACACACACACACACACACACACACACACACACACACACACACA